ACCAUAUAUAUUGUAAACAAACAAAAGAAAGAAGAAUCGAUAUGGAGAUGAUGAAGGUUGAAACAAUCUCUAAAGAAAUCAUAAAGCCAUCUUCCACAACUCCAAAUGAUCUCCGAACCCUCCAACUCUCUAUUUAUGAUCACAUCCUCCCUCCAGUUUACACAGCGGCCUUUCUCUUCUACACCAAAGAUGAAUUGAUUUCUCCAGAACACAGUUCCAACAAACUCAAGACUUCUCUGUCCGAAACCUUGACCAAAUUCUACCCUCUUGCCGGCAGAAUCAACGGCGUCACCAUCGAUUGUAACGAUGAAGGCGCUAUUUUCGUCGACGCUCGUGUCAAUAGCUGUCCUCUCUCUGAUGUCCUGAGAUGUCCGGAUUUUAAAGCAAUCCAACAGUUACUUCCUGUUGACGUCAUCGAUAACCCUUAUGAGGCUGCAAGUACAUGGCCUUUGCUGCUUGUGAAGGCGACUUAUUUUUCAUGUGGUGGCAUGGCCAUAGGAAUUUGCAUCAGCCACAAAAUCGCGGAUGCAGCCUCCAUCUCGACUUUCAUUCGGUCCUGGGCUGCUAUGGCUCGUGGAGAAGGUGAAUCAGUGGCUGGUCCCGAGUUUGCGGCAGCAAAUUUUUACCCACCAGCAAAUCCGUUCUUUAAGCUUCCGGUAGACGAACAUGCCAACAAGAUAAGCAGAAUAACAAAGAGAUUUGUAUUCGGUGCAUCCAAGUUGGAAGAACUUAGGACCAAAGCUGCUAGUGCAGACGUCGUAGCCCGACCUACUCGGGUGGAGAGCGUCACUGCGCUUCUCUGGAAAGCCUUCGUUGCAGCUGCAUCGUCAAACACAAAUACUUCNCAGCGGCCUUUCUCUUCUACACCAAAGAUGAAUUGA